UGAAAGGAGGAACCAUGUUGACGUAAGGAGCUGUAUGGCGGUUGUUGCGGCGGUGUUCAACACGGCAGAAAAAAAACAUGGAUAAGACCGCCGUGGUGAAAGCCGGCGCCGUGGCGAGCGCCAGCCUGUGCGCGCUGUUCGGCGGAGUGGUGCUGGCGCAGUACAUAUUCACCAAGAAGAAGAGAGCGGGCCGGAAAACCAAGAUAAUCGAGAUGAUGCCGGAGUUUGAGAAGAACACAGUCCACAUUAAGGACCCAGAACGGGUGGAGGAGAUCAUCUGCAGCCUCAUCAAGGGCGGGGCCACCAAACUUCAGAUCAUCACUGACUUUGAUAUGACGUUAAGCAGGUUUUCAAAUAAUGGGAAACGCUGCCCCACGUGCCACAACAUCAUCGACAACUGCAAGCUAAUCACAGAAGACUGCAGGAAGAAGUUACUGCAACUGAAAGACAAGUACUACCCCAUCGAGAUCGACCCACAACUCACCAUGGAGGAGAAGUACCCAUUUAUGGUGGAAUGGUAUUUUAAGUCGCACACAUUACUGGUGGAACAGCGGUUACUGAAAGAUAAGCUCCCAGAGGUGGUACGGGAGUCUGAUGCAUGCCUGAGGGAAGGCUAUGAACAGUUCUUCGACAGGCUCCAUGAGCACAGCGUCCCUGUUUUCAUCUUUUCAGCCGGGCUGGGGGACGUCCUAGAAGAGAUUAUCCGGCAGGCAGGGGUCUACCACCCAAACGUCAAGGUGGUCUCCAACUUCAUGGACUUUGAUGAGAAUGGAGUGUUGAGGGGCUUCAAAGGGGACCUCAUCCAUGUGUACAACAAGCACGAUGGUGCCCUGAGGAACACAGAGUACUUCAAGCAACUGAAGGACAACUGCAACAUCUUGCUGCUGGGCGACUCUCUAGGAGACCUCAACAUGGCCGACGGCGUGCCCAGUGUGGAAAACAUGCUCAAGAUUGGCUUCCUGAAUGACAAGGUGGAGGAGCGGUUGGAGAGAUAUAUGGACUCUUACGACAUUGUCUUAGUGAGAGAUGAAACGCUGGAAGUGCCCAACUCCAUCUUACAGAAGAUUCUUUAAAAUCCCUGACACUUCCUGACCAACACCAGCUCCAUCAGACAACUCCCCCAUCCCUCUGGGCUGUUUCCCCCUCUGCCUUUUUAAAGACAUUUGUUUUUCUCAGUGAAAUUAACUUUAACAAAAAAAAAUGCACAGUAUCAUCUGGUUUUGUCUGACUGUCUCAUUCUCCCUACACAACAAAACAAAAGCAAAAACAUUAAGUCUGCGUGAACUCACAUUCUUCUAAUUUGCACAUUAUUGUUCUUCUUAUUAAUAUUUUUGAUAUUGAAAUGUGUUUAAUAUGGAGGAAGUUUGUAACUGAAAAGGGGACAGAGAAAGAGUAUGGUGAGUGUUUGCACACAGCCCCCCACAUCAGCCAGCACGUAUCACACUAUCAUGUCAUUGCCCUGCGUUUCUGUUGCGGGAAGACGACACAAAAGAUUUGGUAAUGCACUUUUUUCUUGUCUGUGGGGUUGGAGUGACGGACCCUGGUUGUAUCCAACUUGUGUGAUGCUGGGUCUGUCCUCAAGAGGGCACUAUGCACCUAAGCUCACCAAAUUCAAAAGAGUGUUGGGAGGUCUUGAUGUGCAGAAACCCAGCCACAGUCCAUAAAGGGAUGUAAAUGUAAGGAAACCAACAAAAUUUUGCACAGGCUGUGGUAGCAUUCAGUUGCUGAAUUCUAAUCCUUUGGACCUCUAAAUUGUGAACUUUUUUUGUUCCUUUAAUAACAGGCAAUAGAGGUGACCUGGGGUCUUGCAUUACCACUACCUCUAAAAUACUUUUUAUAUAUUUUUUUAAUAUCCAUUACGUUUUUUCUUAAACACAUUGGCUGACAAUGACAUUGUCACAGAAGCUGUAAACAUACUGGGUCUCUGUACUGUUGCCACUUGCAUGUUGCCUUUUGUUAAAAAUUAAAUUAUGUUUAAAGGGGGGAAAUUACCACAUCAAUAAAAACAGGCAAUAACUACUGA